CUCAUGCAUCCCAAACCCAAAGCACUAGCUAUAUUACUCUAGCACACCACACAAUCACAAUGGCAUGCAAAGCUGCCAUCUUCGUCGCGCUGAGCCUCCUCCUCUCCGCCGUCGCCGCCAACGGCUGCGGAAGCACCUAUUGCCAACCGCCGGUCGUCGUGCCGACACCACCCGUCGUCGUUCCGCCGCCAUACCAUGGAGGAGGAGGGCACGGCCACGGCCACGGCCACGGAGGGCAGUGCUCCAUCAACGUGCUCAACCUGAGGGUGUGCGCCAACGUUCUCGGUGGACUGCUCGGCCUCAAGAUCGGCGUUCCGGCGCGCGACCAGUGCUGCCCGCUGCUCCAGGGGUUGGCCGACCUCGACGCCGCCGUCUGCCUCUGCACCGCCGUCAGGGCCAACAUCCUCGGCCUCCACCUCAACGUGCCUGUGGACAUCAGCCUCCUCCUCAACCACUGCGGCAAGACGUGCCCGUCUGGUUUCAUUUGCCCAGCCCAUUAACGGACGUAUUGUUGCAUGGGCGCCGAAUAAGAUUUGCCUUCCGUACUUUGUUUUUUUAUUUCAUCAAAUGUGGAUCUGUUCCACUCCCACAUUUCAAUUGUGUAACCAGUACUACUUUUGUUUUUUGGCAAA